UGCUUUACUUGCUAUUUGCCCUCCGAGUUAAGCAGUUCUGUCGAAUCCAGGCGGCAGAAAAAGAUCCGUUUGGAACUGAGUUUGUCAAAACUUACUUUGGAAAAACUUUGUAUAGGAACUCAAAUUUCAUUGGGUUGCCUUACCCAGGCUAGUCUGUGCUAGAUCAUAUAAUGGCUCGCAGUAAAACGAAAGAGCGUCUUCCUCUUCACCAAAUCAUCUUCUUCAGUGUUGGCCAUGUCAUGAACGAUUUAAUACACGCUAUUUAUUCGUCAUAUCUUCUAACUUUCCAAACUAAAAUUCUUGAGUUGCCGAGUAACAUCAUUGGAUAUUUGUGGUUCAUCCCUUGUGCGAUUGAUGCUCCUUUUGGUCUCCUGAUAGGCUACCUCUCAGAUAACUACAGUAUACCAAUCCUUUCAAAGCUUUAUGGCAGAAGAAAAUCCUGGCAUUUACUCGGGUGUAGUCUAGUAGGGGUUUUCACCCCUUUUAUCUUAAUUCCUUGUUUCAUCUGCGGAGAACAAAAAGAUGACUGGAUCAUCGUGGCCUAUUACGUCGUUCUCUUGGUCGGUGCCAAUGCUGGAUGGGGAAUAACACAAGCCAACUUUCUUGCACUUAUACCGGAGAUUGCCAAAAGACAAAGUGAAAUGGUCAAAUUGGGAGCUAUAAGCUCAGCCAUAACUUUGAUCGGUGGUAUUUAUGUAUAUGUGGUCACGUGGGUGUUGCUAGGUGCCAACAGCGGUGACACGUUGUCGUUCAAGCAGUGGAAAGAAUUCAUGAAUCUAGUUAUAAUUGUGGUGGGUACAGGAGCUUUCUUCGCCAUUAUUUUUCACGUCGGUACACGUGAACCAAAUGCUAAGAAAGGAAACACAGAGAAAAAACCAAGAAGGUAUCUCCAAAACCAAGAGAAAAAGCGUCACGAAUUUUCUAUGCAAAGUUAUGAAGAAUCAAAAACAGUGACUUCUACAUCCGAUAGUUUGUAUGAAACUGCGCAUGUCUGUAGCGUGUCUGACGUCAUCCAAGGCAAGGCCAGUACUGCAAUUGUGAACGCAUCAUUUGAGGAAGAAGAAGAAGGCAAGGAAUUUUACAACUACGACAAGUUGGAUUCUAAAAAGAAGAACGAGUUUACCCUAGAUGUUGCUGAACUGGAGAACCAUUUAUGGCAUGCCCUGUCGGAGCACCAUGACACCGAGGAAGACAAGUAUAAGGCAGACGAAGUAGCAAGUGUAGAGUCGAGUGGAUACGGAGGCGACUCAAGCCUUGAUGGCACAGACGUUGAAAGCGUCGAAAUUUGCAUGCCAGAAACUUUCAUUGACAUGGUACCUAACCAUUCGGCUAUGAUUCUAAGUUCACGAAGGGGAUCGAGUAGAGUCAGUCCUUUCCCAAGCCCUAAGUUAUCAAGAUCCGCAUCCAAGAGAGUCCCAAGGUCGCAAAUGGGAUCCGAGAGUGUUGAUAUACAUCCCCAUUCCAGUGGAGAAGACUAUGGAGUUAGUAGAAAAGUAAGGUCAAGACUUAACUCAGAAACCCAGGAGAGUCCAUUUCCAAGCCCAAGGGUAACGCGAUCGCUGUCUGACAGAUUCUUUGUGUCUCCUCUUGUGCCUGAACAUCUUCAAAUGCACCAUCCCAGUGGAAUUGAUCCCAAAAUACGAUCAAGACUUGACUCAGAAAUUCAGGAAAGUCCGCUCCCAAGCUCUCAUUCAUCGAACUCUACUUCUUCUGGAAACUGUAAAGAAUCUUCUUUAGCUUUAGAAAGUAGCAAUUCGAAUUUCUUGGAAAUAAAUGAUAGCACGUUGCAGGAAGUCAAUUUGAAUUAUAUGGCGAACAAGGAAAUGGAAAAAGAAACAAGUAAAGCAAAUGACAUCGACUCUGAAUUGACCAUUAUUGACAGAUCUAAAGGCAAAAGCACCAGGAGGAAAUCUUGGAGAACUUUGUUUAAAAAUCCUGUAUUUUACAAGCUUGGAGUAGCCUAUAUGUUUACUAGGCUUUCUCAGACCAUUGUAAGCUCCUAUUUGCCAAUGUACUUGACGGAUCACCUGAAGUUUGAGAAGGCAUCCAUUGCCUACUUUCCUCUAGUGAUUCUCAUCAGUGGAGUAUUUGCCAGCAUUGCUGCCAAGAAACUGAACAAACUAUUAGGAAAUAAGUGGACGUUUGUAGUGGGUGCAAUGGCUGUUAUAGGAGGGUCUGGAUGGUUUUGUCUUCUAACAGCCGAGAAUCGAUCAUUCGCCUACAUCCCCGCCAUUGUGUCAGGUUGUGGGACGUCAAUCAUGUUUGUCACUACUCUUGCUUUAGCGGCUGAGUUUGUUGAUGCUGAUAGGAGUUCAGGAGCAUUCUUAAUGGCGUCCAUGGGAUUUUUUGCUAAGAUAUUUUUGGGUGUUCUUUUUGGACUCUUACAGGAAUUUGCUCCCGAAAAAACUAGCCCUGAUUGUCCAGAGUGCACUCAGUACGUCCGUUAUGUCUUCUCCUUGACGCCUGGUGUAUGCGCCUUCCUCGGCGUCAUUGCUUUCGUUCUGUUUAUCCCGGCUACCAUCCAGUGCAGACCAAUUGCGGAAACUGUCGACGCAGAAACACAGACAGAUGGUUUGUCUUUCAACGAACCAGGCACUAAUACCUUGGAAGUCAUCAAAGAUUAUGAAACCAAGACUGAACCAGUAUCAGCAGUCUUUAGGGAUCAAACGAUUCAACCAGACAUCGAAGUGAAACGAAUAACAAACGAAGCAGGGAUCAUCGUUGAGGUGCCUGAAUCACUUGACACACGAUUCUAAAUUAUAUCAGAACAAUGAGUAUUGAGAAAGAUAACUGGCCAAGCUAGGCUGCAUGAACGAGUGAUGAAUGCAAUAGCUCUUAGCUGGCUUUUAAGAGAUCUGUAUCGGAUCCUGACUGGCUGAAUGUCAGUAAUAGCAAGAACGUAGUUAGAUCGAAUAAAAUUCCCAAGGAAGACAAGAGAGGUCUACUUGGGGAAAAUCUAUUCCUUAGUGAAUUGUGAUGGAAGGGAUCGGAAAAAUAUGGUGACCACAAAGGAAAAAAUCCUUUGCUCUUUAAAAAAUAACAAAUUAUGACCGUCGAUUGCGACAAACGGCAAAAUUUGCAAAAGAUUUCCAGGCAUGUAAUGUGGAAAUCCAACUGUAAAAAAAUCACUCAAAUUGACCUUUUAUGUUGACUGAGAAUGAAUAUAUAGUGCUUGCGCGCUACCAAAUCAUAUUCAGUAUGAUGUGAAUGGAAAUAAGAAAAUAUUAAUCAGUAUGUAAAAAGCACAGGGAAGGAAGGGGGACUAAUAGGGGGUCUCAAACCAAAAUGAUAUUGUUYGUAAUAUUUAACUUAUUUGUUGUCUUUUUGUAAUUUUUAACUUAUUGUAAGUAUCGGUAAUUUAAUACUGGAUCAAAAAGGGAAAGUUAGGUGGUGGUUUUCAACCAUUUCCAAAAGGACCCAAAGAAAAGUCUCUCACCAGAUGAGGUAAAGUGAAAACGAAGAAUUGUGAAUGUUUGCUCCUUUUAAAAGGGAUUUCUAUUUAUGGUAGUGAUUGAUGUGUAUGUGUUGUUGGUUGUAUAUCAUGCACACUUAAAUCACCUUUUUCCCCAUUUCAGACCACGUGCCAUUUUCUUGAGAAUAAGACUCUUUGUUUGAAUUGUAUCCAUAUUCAUGUCUUCUCAUGUGCAACUGUUAAACAAAGAAAUGAUACUCUAGAGAAUACACAUUGUCUAAAAUGGGAAAACAUUACAACCAAGAUAAAGAGGUCUGUGCGUGAUAAAUGCCGUCAAGUUGGUUGAAUUUAACAAGAUAUUUGCCAGUAUCCUCUUGUUAUAUCGACUAACAUGGGGGUCAUGUCGUUUGUUAGUUCAUUCUCAUUUGGAUGAUUGCAAAUCACCUACUGGCAUAGACUAACGCAUGCGCAAAUGACGCAUUAGYUGAAAAAUCAUAAUGAACGCGACAUACUUCUAAAUGAACUUCUAAAUAUUAAGAAUUGGGCUUUAUUUUGUGCACGAAUUUUGUUAUUUUUUAGCAGUUAUAUUUUUGCGAAAUUUAUUUGCUUAUUAUUAUAUAUCUAGAUAAUGCUUUUUGAAAGAAAAGUCCGUUCACGAUUGAUCAGCACUGUUAACGUAACGUUUAUAUAAUUCAUGUUUUGUUCCUCGUGUUAUGACACGUGUUCAAAGCAUCUCGCACAAUGCAAACAGUAUUUAAUGUACAUGUCAAUGGGGAUUUCUUUACAAAUAAAGUGUUUAUUUUUGCAGGCAAGCUGUUAAAA